CAGUAUCAUUGUAUUUUUCCACGAUCACUAAUUUCUUACAUUUUUCUAUUGUGCAACAGCAAUCUUCCUCAUUGUCAUUCUUUCAGCUAAGAUCCCAGGACAGGUGUCAAACUAGGCUUCUUCCGAAGAGCAGAUCCUGUGGUAAGACUUGGCCGCCUCGCCUCUGUAGAGAUGUCAGUAGCGGCUGUGGCUCUGCUUGGCCUCCUGGUACCACUGGCGGCACCGACAGUGGCUGAGACCUGCGAUGCCUACAGGGGCUAUCCUGGAGUUCCAGGUAUUCCAGGGCCUCAUGGACCGGAUGGGAAAGACGGUCUGACGGGACAGAAGGGAGACAAUGGAGACAAUGGCGGGAUAUUGAAAGGCCAGAAGGGAGAACCCGGCCCAAUCGGACCUCCGGGAAGGACAGGCCUGCCUGGGUUGCCUGGCCUGCCAGGCCCGCUGGGUCGGGCAGGUGCCAAGGGAGAGAAAGGAAUGCCCACUGGCAUCGCAUCGCUGGAGAGGUCGGCCUUCUCCUACAAAAAGACAUCCUCUAGACAGUCCAGGACGGACCAAGGGGCAAUCAAAUUUGACAAGCCUAUUAAUGCAGGUGACACCCUGACAAAUGGAGUUUUCACGAGCAAGGUCAAAGGUUACUACUACUUCACGUACCAUGUGACCAGCCGCACCAAAGCCUGCCUUGAAAUAAAGAAAAACAGUGUAUCUCUGGUACAUUUCUGUGACUCAUUACAGAAGGGAUACUUUGUGAUGUCAGGGUCAGUGGUGGAAUUAUUAAACGUUGAUGAUAAGAUCUCAUUACACCCCACCGAGGACAGUACUCUCAUGGGCACACAUGGUGCCGAGAGUAUUUUCUCAGGCUUUUUGCUGUUCCCAACUCCUUAGAACAGUGUGUCUGCACUGCUAUAUUGUUUUUGUAGCAGGUAAUACUUCUAUGUUUCUCUCAGGCAUUUCUAUUUCAAUUUAACAAAAUGUAUGCAGGAAACACCAUUCUGAUUGUUACAGUUACGGUCCCAAGCCAACUCAUUCACCUCUUCACCAAAUACAUAUGUUUAUGAUAUGCUUAAAUGACCACUGUUUGUGUGUAAAAGCAUGAGCUGUUGACUGCUUUUAAUGCCAUGCUUUAUUAAAUUUAUAUGAAAGCUUGCAGAAUAAAAGUAAUAUAAUAAAGUA